CCCCUUGCAAUUCGCUACUAAGCCAAACCCCAAGCCUCCUUCUUUCUUCCAAACCGAGGAAGAGAAACUCUUGUUUCUCUCUCUCUCUCUCCCUUUAUUUUCCUCUGUUUCUCUCUUUCUCUCUCCCCUCCCCUCGAAGAACACAGAAAAAUAUUGAGGGAGGGAGAAGAUGGCAUCAUCUGAUCAUGAGAACGAAAACAAUGGAGUCGUCGAGGAUGCAUGGGAUUACAAAGGCCAACCUGCUAAGCCUUCCCAUUCUGGAGGCUGGUUGUGCGCUGCUGCCAUCCUAGGGGUGGAGCUGACUGAGAGGCUAACGACGCUAGGGAUUGGGGUGAACCUGGUGACGUACCUCACAGGGGUGAUGCACCUGGGAAAUGCAGAGUCGGCCAACAUCGUGACCAACUUCAUGGGCGCCUCCUUCAUGCUCUGCCUCUUCGGCGGUUUCAUCGCCGACACCUUCUUGGGCCGAUACCUCACCAUUGCCAUCUUCACCACCGUUCAGGCCAUGGGUGUGACCAUUCUUACAAUAAGUACCAUCGUACCCAGCCUCCGGCCGCCACCUUGCUCUCCAGAGGGCACAUGCGUGCAGGCAAGCGGGAAACAGCUCUCCCUUCUCUACGUUGCCCUCUACCUCACCGCCCUCGGCACAGGAGGCCUGAAAUCCAGCGUCUCUGGCUUCGGCACCGAUCAAUUUGACGAGUCGUCGCCGACGGAGAAGUCUAAGAUGAUCUCCUUCUUCAGUUGGUUCUUCUUCUUCAUCAGCAUCGGUUCCCUAGCCGCAGUCACCGUGCUUGUGUACGUGCAAGACAACUUCGGAAGGAAAUGGGGCUACGGGGUAUGCGCUUGUGCCAUCCUCGCGGCACUGCUGCUGUUCGUAAGUGGAACGAGAAUUUAUCGCUUCAAGAAGCUCGCCGGGAGUCCCAUUACUCAGGUCGCUAGAGUCAUCGCCACAGCGUGGACGAAUAGAAACAGAGAUCUACCUUCAGACCCCUCUCUCCUUUAUCAGGGAGAAUUAGAACCUGAAACUGAUGAUACCUGCAAAAGAAGAACUGUCACCACCUUGUCACAUUCCAAACAGUUCAGGUUUCUUGAUAAGGCGGCAAUUGUUGUAGACAACCCUGAUGUAGAAACGGGAAAAGGGCGCAUGAACUUACCUACACUGACACAAGUUGAAGAGGUGAAGAUGGUAGUCAGCAUGAUGCCCAUCUGGGCCACGACCAUAAUGUUUUGGACGGUCUAUGCACAGAUGACAACAUUGUCGGUGCAACAAGCCACAACAAUGGACAGACACGUCGGGAAAUCCUUCGAAAUCCCUCCGGCGUCGCUAACCGUUUUCUUCGUGGGAAGCAUACUGCUAACCGUGCCCAUUUACGACCGGAUAGUCGUUCCCGUCGCUCGGAGAUUCACCGGCAGGAAAGAGGGGAUGACUACCCUCCAAAGGAUUUCAGUUGGCCUAGUUUUAUCCAUCUUUGCCAUGGUCGCUGCGGCUCUGGCCGAGAUAAAGAGGCUUACAGUGGCCCAUGCCAACCCCAACCCGGAGGGGUUAGUGCCCUUGAGUGUGUUCUGGCUGGUGCCUCAAUUUUUUCUUGUGGGUGCAGGGGAGGCCUUUACCUACAUUGGGCAGCUGGAUUUUUUCCUAAGAGAGUGCCCUAAUGGGAUGAAGACCAUAAGCACGGGGUUGUUCCUUACCACCCUCUCCCUUGGUUUCUUCGUCAGCUCAGCCCUUGUCGCCAUAGUUGCUAAGAUCACAUCAGGAGAUGGUACAAGCGGGUGGAUACCUGAUGACCUGAGCAAGGGGAAGCUCUAUAACUUCUACUGGCUGCUAGCGGCCCUGAGCGUGCUCAACUUAGUCUUCUACCUGUUAAGCGCAAAGGGGUACGUGUACAAAGAGCAGAGAGUGUCGACUACCAGCGUUGAUGAGGAAGAGAGUGCAAUAGAGAUGGAAACUUGCGGACAGGCAUAGAGGAAAGAAGAAGAAGAGCAUAUAUCUCUAAUGUCAAAGGGGUGAAAUUUUUUGUGUUUCAUCUUCAACAUAGGAUCGGGAGACCGGCAAGGGUUCUUCUGAACUAGCCCGAGCACAAAAACGUCGCGUAGUGUGUUGAAAGCUUGUAUGUUAGCUCCGGAGUGUCUAUAUACCAGAAUUAUGUUUCCUGGUGAUAGAUGUUUUGAGCUCUUUGGGGAUCUGUGCCUUUCCAUGCACACAUACACGCGCACAUAGUGACUGUGGUUCAUUAUUGUCUUCUGAUAUUCAUAAUGCAAAGGGCUAAGAGAGAUAAUGACUUGUCACUGCAAAUUGGAAUAUUA